UAAUUCUGCCGUUCCACGUUGGAACGAUAGCCUCUCCGCCUCAAAGCUUGCAGUUUUAUGCAACGAAAGUUCAGGCGAAGAUUUUCCCCAAAAUUCGCAAUUAGUCGUAUUUUUUACAGUUUACUUUUAAAUUUACGAAUGUGAUUUUUCAGUUAUUUAAUUAACUUUUAUUUUUUUCUCCUUCUUUCCCUCCUGAAUCAAAAAUGUUCCUGUGGGACUGGUUUUCCGGAAUGCUGAGUUAUCUCGGUCUCUACAAGAAAUCGGGAAAGUUAGUAUUCCUGGGAUUGGAUAAUGCAGGGAAGACGACAUUAAUGCACAUGCUGAAAGACGACAAAAUGGCUCAGCACGUGCCAACAUUACAUCCGACUUCGGAAGAGCUAACCAUGGGUAAUUUGCGCUUCACGGCGUUUGAUCUUGGUGGGCAUUCUAAUGCGCGACGUGUGUGGAAGGACUACUUCCCAGCUGUCGACGGCGUUGUCUUCAUUGUUGAUGCGUUUGAUCGGGGUCGUCUGCCCGAAGCUAAAGUGGAGUUAGAUAGUCUUCUGAACGACGAACAAAUCAGUGAUUGUCCGAUCUUGAUUCUUGGCAACAAAAUUGAUCGUCCGGGAGCCGUUUCCGAAGAAGAAUUGCGGCACUUUUUGGGUCUGCAUGGACAGACUACUGGCAAGGGUAACGUGUCAAGAAACGAACUUCGUGGACGUCCCUUGGAACUGUUCAUGUGCAGUCUCCUUCAGCGUCAAGGAUACGGCGACGGUUUCCGUUGGCUUGGCCAGUAUCUCAGCUGAAGAAAAUUUUGUGAUUUGACGUACUCUCUUUACUAAUGUUAAAAUGGACCCCACACGCAAGUCUUAUUAAUCUCAGUCGAAAGUAAACUGUCAGAGUUUAUUUGUGCCCUGCUUGUUCAUCCAGCAUGCACCAAUUUCUAACACCAAAACUGUUAUCCGUAAUUGGACUAAACCAUCUUUCGUAAAAAAAAAUAAAAGUGUUCUCUAAAAACUGUCAAUUUUGAUGUGUGGUCAGAUAAGCUCGGAUUUCUUGGUUUUAUGAAUCGUCGUCGCUGACCUGAAAAGGAACAACGCUGCGCUGUAAUUUCGUAUUAACUUGUUGAAUUAAAAGGCACUUCUUUCUUA